AUGGAUGGUGACAAGGACAGCCCCUACCUAACAAACUCUCUGGAUGGUGAUCGGGACAGCCGCUACCUAACGAGCUCUCUGGAUGGUGAUCGGGAACGCCUCUACCUUACAAGCUCUCUGGAUGGUGAUCGGGAAAGCCCCUACCUAACGAGCUAUCUUGAUGACAAUUGGGACAGCCCCUACCUAACAGGCUAUCUGGAUGGUGAUAGGGACAGCCCCUACCUUACAGGCUUUCUGUAUGGUGAUCAGGACAGCCUCUACCUAACAGGCGAGCUGGACAGCCCCUACCUAACAGGCUAUCUGUAUGGUGAUCAGGACAGCCCCUACCUAACAAGCUCUCUGGAUGGUGAUCGGGGCAGCCCUUACCUGACAAGCUCCCAGGAUAGUGCUCGGGACAGCCCCUACCUAACGAGCUCCCUGGAUGGUGAUCGGGACAACCACUAUCAAACAAGCUCUCUGGAUGUCGAUCGGUACAGCCCCUUCCUAAAAAGCUAUCGGGAUAGUGAUCAGGACAGCCCCUACCUAACGAGCUCUCUGGAUAGUGAUCGGGACAGCCGCUAUCUAACGAGCUCUCUGAAUGGUGAUCAGGACAGCUGCUAUCUAACACAAUCUCUGGAUGGUGAUCGGGGCAGCCCUUACCUGACAAGCUUCCAGGAUGGUGAUCGGGACAGCCCCUACCUAACGAGCUCCCUGGAUGGUGAUCGGGACAACCACUAUCCAACAAGCUCUCUGGAUGUCGAUCGGGACAUCCCCUACCUAAAAUGCUUUAUGGAUAGUGAUCGGGACAGCCCCUACCUAACGAGCUCUCUGGAUAGUGAUCAGACAGCCCCUUCCUAUCAAGCUACAUGCUAUCUGGAUAGUGAUCGGGACAGCCCCUACCAAACAAGCUCUCUGUAUGGCGAUCGGGACAGCCCCUACCUAACAGGCUAUCUGGAUGGUGAUCGGGACAGCCCCUAUCUAACAAGCUCUUUGUAUGGCGAUAGGGAUAGCCCCUACCUAACAGGCUAUAUGGAUGGUGAUCAGGACAGCCCCUACCUAACAAACUCUCUGUAUGGUGAUCGGGACAGCCGCUACCUCACGAGCUAUCUGGAUGGUGAUAGGGAUAGCCCCUACCUAACAGGAUAUAUGGAUGGCGAUCAGGACAGCCCCUACCUAACGAGCUCGCUGGAUGGUGAUCGGGACAGUCCCUCCCUAACGAGCUAUCUUGAUGACAAUUGGGACAGCCCCUACCUACCAGGCUAUAUGGAUGGUGCUCAGGACAGACCCUGCCUAAAAAACUCUCUGUAUGUUGAUCGGGACAGCCGCUACCUCAUGGAUGGCGAUAAGGACAGCCUCUACCUAACAAACUCUCUGGAUGGUGAUCGGCACAGCCUCUACCUAACAGGCUAUCUGUAUAGUGAUAGGGACAGCCCCUACCUUACAGGCUUUCUGUAUGGUGAUCAAGACAGCCUCUACCUAACACUCUAUCUGGAUGGUGAUAGGGAUAGCCCCUACCUAACAGGCUCUCUGGAUGGUGAUAGGGACAGCGCCUACCUAACGAGCUCUCUGGCUGCACCAAGCUCUCUGGAUGGUGAUCAGGACAGCCCCUACCUAACGAGCUAUCUGGAUGAUGAUCGGGACAGCCGCUACCUCACGAGCUAUCUGGAUGAUGAUAGGGACAGCCUCUACCUAACGAGCUAUCUGGAUGGUGAUAGGGACAGCCGCUACCUCACGAGCUCUCUGGAAGGUGAUAGGGACAGCCUCUACCUAACGAGCUAUCAUGAUGUUGAUAGGGACAGACCCUACCUAACAGGCUAUCUGUAUGGUGAUAGGGACAGCCCCUACCUCACAGGCUAUCUGUAUGGUGAUCAGGACAGCCACUACCUAACAGGCUAUCUGUAUGGUGAUAGGGACAGCCCCUACCUCACAGGUCAUCUGUAUGGUGAUCAGGACAGCCUCUACCUAACGAGCUAUCUGUAUGGUGAUAGGGACAGCCCCUACCUCACAGGUCAUCUGUAUGGUGAUCAGGACAGCCUCUACCUAACAUUCUCUCUGGCUGGUGAUCAAGAAAGACCCUACCUAACAGGCUAUCUGUAUGGUGAUAGGGACAGCCCCUACCUCACAGGUCAUCUGUAUGGUGAUCAGGACAGCCUCUACCUAACGAGCUAUCUGGAUGGUGAUAGGGACAGCCGCUACCUCACGAGCUCUCUGGAAGGUGAUAGGGACAGCCUCUACCUAACGAGCUAUCAUGAUGUUGAUAGGGACAGACCCUACCUAACAGGCUAUCUGUAUGGUGAUAGGGAUAGCCCCUACCUAACAGGCUAUCUGUAUGGUGAUAGGGACAGCCCCUACCUCACAGGUCAUCUGUAUGGUGAUCAGGACAGCCUCUACCUAACGAGCUAUCUGUAUGGUGAUAGGGACAGCCCCUACCUCACAGGCUAUCUGUAUGGUGAUCAGGACAGCCACUACCUAACAGGCUAUCUGUAUGGUGAUAGGGACAGCCCCUACCUCACAGGUUAUCUGUAUGGUGAUCAGGACAGCCUCUACCUAACAAGGACAGCCCCUACCUCACAGGUCAUCUGUAUGGUGAUCAGGACAGCCUCUACCUUACAAGACAGCCCCUACCUAACGAGCUCUCUGGAUGGUGAUUGGGACAGCCCCUACCUAACGAGCUCCCUGGAUGGUGAUCGGGACAUCCACUAUCCAACAAGCUCUCUGGAUGUCGAUCGGGACAGCCCCUACCUAACGAGCUCCCUGGAUGGUGAUCGGGACAUCCACUAUCCAACAAGCUCUCUGGAUGUCGAUCGGGACAGCCCCUACCUAACGAGCUCGCUGGAUGGCUAUCUGGAUGGUGAUAGGGAAAGCCCCUACCUAACAGGCUAUCUGUAUGGUGAUCAGGACAGCCACUACCUAACAGGCUAUCUGUAUGGUGAUAGGGACAGCCCCUACCUCACAGGCUAUCUGUAUGGUGAUCAGGACAGCCCCUACCUAACAAGCUCUCUGGAUGGUGAUCGGCACAGCCUCUACCUAACGAGCUAUCUGGAUGGUGAUAGGGACAGCCGCUACCUCACGAGCUCUCUGGAUGGUGAUAGGGACAGCCUCUACCUAACGAGCUAUCUUGAUGUUGAUAGGGACAGACCCUACCUAACAGGCUCUCUGGAUGGUGAUCGGCACAGCCUCUACCUAACAAGCUCUCUGGAUGGUGAUAGGGACAGCCUCUACCUAACGAGCUAUCUUGAUGUUGAUAGGGACAGCCCCUACCUAACAGGCUAUCUGGAUGGUGAUUGGGACAGCCCCUACCUAACGAGCUCUCUGGAUGGUGAUAGGGACAACCUCUACCUAACGAGCUAUCUGAAUGGUGAUCAGGACAGCCUCUACCUAACAAGCUAG